AUGCCACCCAAACCAGUCAGGGCGUCUCCGACACAUUUUGUGUGCAUCUCACUGGCCGGGCCGCAGCUUGCCAAAAGUAUGGCUGCUUUCCGGACUGAAGUCACGAAUCCCGCGAGCUUUGGUGUUCCCCCGUCUGCAGUGCGUCCGGUUGGCACAAUGCAUCUGACGCUUGGCGUCAUGACCCUCAAAGACGAGAGCAUUGAGCAUGCUAAAGAGUUAUUAAAGGGCCUGACACUGAACGAAUUCCUUGCAAGUGCCAAGGCCGGAACUUCGAUGACUGAGGAUACGCCCUCGAUAACUCUUAAGGGCUUGCAUGCUAUGCAAUCACCCGCAAAGACCUCAGUGCUGUACGCCGCGCCUGUUGAUGCAGAUGGUAUCCUGUACAAGUUCUGCGAGCAAAUCAAGACUGCGUUUCAGGAGGCUGGGUUGAUGGCCAAAGAGGAUAGGCCAUUGUUGCUCCACGCAACUGUGGUCAACACAAUAUAUGUCAAAGAUGGCCGUGGAAGGAGACGGGAGAAGUUGACGCUCGAUGCGCGGGACAUGGUCAAUCUUUAUGAUGACUAUGUUUGGCUGGAGAAUAUGCCUCUUGACAAAGUUACGCUUUGCCGGAUGGGCGCGAAGAAGAUUGAGGGGGCGGAUGAUGAAGCCUAUGAGGUUGAGGCUGAGGUUGGGCUUUGA